UGCAGGAGGAAGUGACGUCACGAUUCUGUAACAAAGGUCAACUUUUCCUCUCGCAGAUUUUUACUACCAAAAGAACUAGCGCCAAAAAGGUCAAAUAUUUGCCGAAAUAACGUUUAGAUGAGGCUUAAAUGACUUUGUGAAGGUUCUGAAGCUUCUUAGGAGUGUUUUGGAGCUUGUUAAGAGCUGUUGGGUUGUGAAAAAAACGUGGUUAGUUGGGUGAUUUUGUGCCCGGAAGUUGAGCGGUCAGUGAUAUGGUUCCCACCCCGCCGAAACUACAGAAGGAGAAGCGGAUGAGCCCGUCUCUUGGAUCGGCGGGACAAGACACUGCGCCAGAGCAGCCAGUCCAGGGCACAUCAGUGAUCGUUCUCCACCCGGGUUCUUCCUUCCUGCGGAUAGGCCGGGCUUCAGACACCUUCCCGCAUGUCAUUCCGCAGGUGAUUGCUAGGCGGCGCUGCUGCAAGCCUGACACUGCGGGGAAACACGAGGACAGGACACUGCUCAGGCACGAGGCUUGUCAAACUGAGAGCAGAGCUGUCCAUGAGCAGGGCCUGAGAGGAGUGCAACAGGCCCUGAUGUCAAUCAUCACGUCAUCAGGGCAACACAGACUGGCCCCACCCACAGAACAGCUUGCAGCCUACAAUGCGCAGGUUGGUCCUCAGAUCGAGGACACGUCAGAUCUGGAGUGGACGGACACCAGCUCAAAACCCCAGUACUUAGUGGGACAGGAGGUCCUAUACCUUCACCCCUCGGAGAGCUAUAACGUCCACUGGCCGAUGUCGUGUGGUCAGCUGAACCUGCACAGCGGCACAGGAGGGUCUCUCACAGCAGUUCUGGCAGACCUCGAGACCAUAUGGACCACGGCCAUCGAGAAGUUCCUGGACAUUCCUGUCAAGGACCUGAAACACUACAGAUGCAUCCUGCUUGUCCCAGAUAUCUACAACAGACAACACAUCAAGGAACUGAUCAAUCUGCUACUGAACAGGCUGGGCUUUUCUGCUGCCAUUGCACAUCAGGAGUCUGUAUGUGCGACGUUCGGCAGCGGUGUGGCCAGCGCCUGUGUGGUGGACGUCGGGGACCAGAAAACAGCCGUGUGCUGCGUGGAGGACGGACUCUCCUACAGAAACUCAAGACUAUGGCUGGACUACGGCGGCAGGGACGUAACCCGAUCCCUGGAGUGGCUUCUGAGGAAAACCAACUUCCCAUAUAAGGACUGCAACCUGCUGGACCGGCUGGACUGUCAGCUGCUGCAGGAGCUCAAGCACUCCUCCUGUCAUCUCAACAAGGACCAGUCUGGAGCCAGGCUGCAGGAUGUCCACGUGCAGAGGCCGGACACAUUCAGCCGGCGCUACCAGAUCAGGGUCGGCGAGGAAACCAUACAGGCCCCCAUGGGUCUGUUCUACCCGCAGCUGUUUGGGCUGGUCGGCGGCAGUCUGGUCCACACCCAGCUCAGGAACCAGGGAGACCCGGAGGACAUCCACGACGAACACUACCUCCUGCAGACACAGAGCACACAGCAACAGGUAGCCAAGGCUGUUGCAGAGAAGAAAGCCAAGGCUAGCAGCAAGCACGGCGGCGAAGGUGACAAAACCUCGUCCGACACCAAACCUAGCCUGGAACCCAGACACAAGAGGGCGCGGGAGGAGGCAGCAGGGGGGUCGGAGGCUAAGCAUCGCAGGGGGGCGGUCAGGCUACCCUCCGCCUCCCGUAGGGGGUCAGAACCCGCCCCCCUGAAGCUGAUGGGAGUGGACCAGGCCAUCCUGCACAGUAUAGAGUGCUGUGCUUCAGACGAAACCAAGAAGAAGAUGUUCUCGUGCAUCCUGGUUGUGGGAGGGGGGCUCAAGUUUCCGGGGGCCCAGAAUUUCCUGCUACACAGGGUCAGGGCUCAGCUACCCGCCAAGUACCGCAACAUUGCUGACACCAUGGAGGUCAUCACCAGGCCGAAGGACCAGGAUCCCCAGAUGGUGUGUUGGAAGGGCGCGGCUGUACUCGCCUGUCUGGACACGACCCAGGAGCUGUGGGUCGGGCAGCGCGAGUGGCGCAAGUUCGGCAUCAGGAUCCUCAGGGAGAGGUCGCCUUUCGUCUGGUAGUCAACUCUGCUGGAGGGGAAAGGUCAUCAAUUUUGGGUCAGUCAACUCUGAGGAGGGUCAGAGGUCACCAUUUGUCCUGACAUCAAAUCUGCAGUGGGUCAGAGGUCACUUUAUAGUAGUCAACAGUGUACAGGAUCAGAGGUUACCAUUUGUGUUGUAGUCGACACUGCAAAGGGCCAGAGGUCACUCAUCGUCAACAGAGGUCACCAUUUCUGUGGCAGCCAACAGUUUGUAACAAGUUUGUAACAAUGAACAUCCAUAGAGAGGUUGUAGCCAACUCAUUUUGUAACCAACUUGACUGUUUGCAUGAAAAAAAAAGGACUUCAGCAUUAAACAUCUUGACCCAGUCUAUUUUGUUAGCAGCGGCAAGAAGGACAAAUGUUAUACAUAUGCCGUCAGAUGUAAUGUACAGUUUAUACAGCUUAAAUGCUAAUAUACUGGAGGAAUUCCCAAUAAAGUGUUUUCCU